CGCCCAACACGCAGGCGCGUCUGCACAGUCCAUUCCCUGCCCCCCCUCCUCUUUCUCAUUCUGUUCCCCCUCCUCUUCCAGCAGCUCCGCAGGUUCAAACUCUUCUCCCCGAGAGUGGUGGCGAUCGCGGGGUCACGUGAUGAGCAUCCUGCUGCCCAACAUGGCGGAGUUCGACACCAUCUCGGAACUGGAGGAGGAGGAAGAAGAAGCCGCAACGUCGUCGUCGUCGUCGCCGUCGUCGUCGUUGGUCUCUGGGCCUGAGGAUGACGAGGAAGAUGAAGAGGAGGAAGAGGAGGAGGAAGAGGAGGAGGAGGAAGAGGAAGAAGAAGAAGAGGAGGAGGAGGUGCCGCCCCCGCCUCGGGUAGUGAGUGAAGAGCAUCUGCGGAGAUAUGCCCCUGACCCUGUGUUGGUGCGGGGCGCCGGCCACAUCACUGUGUUUGGCUUGAGCAACAAGUUUGAUACUGAAUUUCCCUCAGUUCUAACAGGGAAGGUGGCCCCAGAAGAAUUUAAGACCAGCAUCGGCCGUGUGAAUGCAUGUUUGAAAAAGGCUCUCCCAGUCAAUGUGAAAUGGCUGCUGUGUGGAUGUCUCUGUUGCUGUUGCACACUGGGUUGCAGCCUGUGGCGUAUUUGUCUCAACAAAAGAACUAGAAGAUCAAUUCAGAAGCUACUAGAAUGGGAAAAUAACAGAUUAUAUCAUAAGCUUGCUUUGCACUGGAAGUUGACUAAAAGGAAAUGUGAAACGAGCAAUAUGAUGGAGUAUGUAAUUCUAAUAGAAUUCUUACCAAAAUACCCCAUAUUCCGACCUGACUGAGGAGUUUUAUUCAGUCACUUCUGUGUUUCCUGUCAUUUCCUACCCUUAGUGCCUUGUAGAUGAUUUUGGAAUGAAGAUGGUCUCCUUUGCUGUGUUCAACUUAUUCCUUAUAAUGGUAGAAUAUUCUCCUCACUCUUUUAUUUGUGUUGGUUUAAGAAGAGAAUUUGCACAUCCUUUGUUCUUAAAUGAAGCUUGUGUUUUGCACUUUCAAUUUUUACUUACUACACACUUAUACAUAUACAUAUAUAUGCAUAUAUGUAUAUAUAUAGUUGCCACAAAAAGGAAACAUCAGUGAUGGUGUUUUAAAAAACAAAACCUUGUUCUGAGCAUGCUGCCUUAUAAUUUUCAUACUCACUGUUUCUAAUUAUGCAUCAUUUUUUCUAGGCUAUUUAAUGCUCUGUAAUCCCUUACUGACACACUUAAAUAAAGCUUUUGGUAGCUUUUAGAAAUGGUUUUACUCUGCUUUUAAAGGACAUGCAAUUAAUAGCACUGGUUUUGUCCUGCACUUUGCUUAAUUAUCACUUAUGUUAGUGGAUAAAAUAUUUAAACUCCUAAAGCCUUGUAAAUAUUGUCUCUUUGCAUAAUGUAAAAUGUGGUAUGCCAUGGUUUACAGAAUGUAAUAUUAAUCUUACUGUAUUGCCAACAAUUCUGCAUAGAUUUUAAUAUGAAUGAAGUUUGCAAGCAUCCUUUUGAAUGUAGAGACUAUUAUUAACAUGCUGUUUAUGGCAGAGCCAUACCAGUAUGUUAAAAUUUCAGGUGUAGGGCAUGGUUGCCCUUUGUAACAAAUGGAUUCAGACUGAAAUCAUUAUCAAGCUCAGAUAUUGUUCAUUGCACCUGGAACCAAGAUCCUUAUUUUUCCCCCAUUUAAUUCAAUGCUUCCCAUUUUGUCCUCCCCUCCCACCCUCAAAAGACUUUAUUUGAUAUCUGACAAAUGUCCUAGCUUACUCUCCCUUAUUUCUUUAAAAACAAAAAAACACCAAAACUUUGACCAUUAAGUAUUUUGAGAUUUCAUGUCUUGGGAGGUAGCUAGACUCCUAUGAAAGCCACUGCUAACCCUUUUCUAGAGUUCAGUUAUUCUGCUUUGGGGAGGAGCUAAUUGAGAAAUUAUACAUAUAUAUGUAUAACAUAUAUGUAUAUAUACGUACAUAUAUACAUAUA